CAACUCCAAACUAACAUGGCAGUCAGACUGUGUGAUGUGGCUUCUCUGCUUAGAAGUGGUUCGUGGGCAGCAGAGCCUUGGACUGGGCAGGUAAUUGCUGCCAUGGAAACACAACUGUCUAAUGGACCAACUUGUAAUAACACAGCCCAUGGUUCAGCUACCAUAAACAAUUGCUCAUCACCAGUUGAUUCUGGGAACACAGAAGACAGCAAGACCAAUUUAAUAGUCAACUACCUUCCACAAAACAUGACCCAAGAGGAACUGAAGAGUCUGUUUGGCAGCAUUGGGGAGAUAGAAUCCUGCAAGCUUGUCAGGGACAAAAUAACGGGACAGAGCUUGGGUUAUGGUUUUGUGAACUACGUUGACCCCAAGGAUGCUGAAAAAGCUAUCAAUACCCUGAAUGGAUUGAGACUUCAAACUAAGACCAUAAAGGUUUCUUAUGCACGACCAAGUUCGGCUUCUAUCAGAGAUGCAAAUUUGUAUGUUAGUGGACUUCCAAAAACAAUGACCCAGAAAGAACUGGAACAGCUCUUUUCUCAAUAUGGCCGUAUUAUUACUUCUCGUAUUCUGGUUGACCAAGUCACUGGGGUGUCACGGGGAGUAGGGUUUAUCCGGUUUGACAAGCGAAUUGAAGCAGAAGAAGCUAUCAAGGGCUUGAAUGGCCAGAAACCUCCAGGUGCCACAGAGCCCAUCACUGUAAAGUUUGCUAACAAUCCAAGCCAAAAAACCAAUCAGGCCAUUCUUUCCCAGCUGUACCAUUCUCCAAACAGAAGGUAUCCUGCCCCUCUAGCUCAGCAGGCUCAACGUUUUAGGUUGGACAAUCUGCUCAACAUAGCUUAUGGAGUAAAGAGUAGGUUUCCUCCAAUGACCAUUGAUGGAAUGACCAGUUUGGCCGGAAUUAAUAUCCCUGGACAUGCAGGAACUGGGUGGUGCAUUUUUGUGUACAACUUGGCCCCUGAUGCUGAUGAGAGUAUCCUCUGGCAAAUGUUUGGACCCUUCGGAGCAGUAACCAAUGUGAAGGUCAUCCGUGACUUUAACACCAACAAGUGCAAAGGUUUUGGAUUUGUGACUAUGACAAACUACGAUGAGGCAGCUAUGGCAAUAGCCAGCCUGAAUGGAUACCGCCUUGGUGACAGAGUAUUGCAGGUCUCCUUCAAAACAAACAAAACGCACAAAGCCUAACAAGUUACUCUCAGUGCAUUAAUACAUGAAAACUAUACAACAAAGGCAAUUUACAAGAAGCUUUAUGCAUUCGUAAAUGCCUUUGUUGUAUGCCAGCGUGGAAAUGGGGAUAAAAUGACUACUUAGCAUCCUAAGAAUAUGUGAGAUUUUUUUAUUGCUAAUAUUUGAAUUAGAACUUCUUAACUAUCUUUUGUGUUUGAGUAUUGACAAGAGGUACAGGGUUUUUACCUGUCACAAUGCGUAUUCUAUUGCCUUCUUUGAAGAAGGUGGACCUUUUAAAAUGUUUCAGCUAAGGGAAGAUUUUUUUUCUUUAUACAUGACUGCCUUUAACCUAUGAUUAAAUACCGAGGCUUUGUGUAAUACUAUAAAUUUUCUUUUGUCAUUUCUUGAUUUGCUUUGUGUUUAAUUUACAUUGUAAUUCAUUAUUGUUUUGUUAAGAAAAGUAUCUGAAGUUUACAUUUUAUUUAUAAAGUUAUAAGCAGUAUUUAUUUCAUCAUCUUCAUUUGGGUUGGGGAAUGGGAACACAUUAUAAAAGCUUAUUGUAAGAAUACUGGAGAACUUUUCGUAAAGCAGUACCUUGCCAAAGAGAUAAGAGCCUCUUUGAUGUGGGUUUAAAAAAGCAUCUAUUUUUA